AUGGCACCACAAAGUCGUCCAGGGACUGCAGACCCGACGCGAGCACGUUCAGAGACCCUCUCCAGAAACGGUCGCCGCCCGAGAUCGCGAGGGUCAACCGCGAGCAUCCAGUCGAGCACCACCCAACAGACUCACGACCAACAUAUGACCGACAAUUUUUCACCCUUCUUGCCCGCUCAGCCGCCAGCAGGCCAUCAUGUCUUUGGAGCCAAUCCCGAAGACAUGCUAAUGCGUUUCGGUCAACAGUUAUCGCACUCGAAUGCAGGCACACCCCUCGACCGGACUUUGCAGGAGAGCCACCACGCGGUUAUGCAUCGUGCCGACGAAUUUCAGAGCCAAGCACUUCAUGCACAUGUCCUAUCACAUCAUUCACUCCCCCCGGAGAUUUCACCCCACGGUUUGCCUGGGGUCCCUGUUCCCCAAUACCAACCGAUGUAUGAUAGCGGUAUCGAAAACCAUAUCCCGGACCAUGUUCUUGAAGAAAAUGAUAACUCGGAAACUGGGAAAAAGAGAAAAGGGUCUAGUUCAACCCUCGCUAACGAUAACGAAUUACGGAAAUUACUGCGGCAAUACGAGGGGUACAGUCUCAAGGAGAUGGCGGCGGAAGUGCUGAAGCAUGAGGGUGGCGGUGGUAAGGCAGAGAAGGUGAAACAAGUCUUCGCCAUGAUUUGGUUGAAAGAAAACUGCAGGAAAAGCAGUGGCUCUGUGCGGCGCGAUCGUGUCUAUUGCUGCUACGCAGAAAAGUGCGGUACAGAGCGCGUCUCGGUGCUCAACCCUGCUUCCUUCGGAAAACUCGUUCGCAUUAUCUUUCCCAACGUGCAGACCCGGCGACUCGGGGUUCGUGGAGAGUCAAAGUAUCACUAUGUGGACUUGACUGUCAUCGAAGAGAAACAACAGAAACCAGACGCUAUGAGUUCCCAUCUCCCUUCCAACCCGUCUCAGUCAGCGUUGGUCCUAGAACAAAAGGCGGAACCAGCCACUCAACCGAAAAGGCAACCCUCGAUGGAUACUGCCGUCUUCCCUUCUCCAACUACUUCAUUUCCCCCUAGGUUUGCCAUCGGACCAUCUCCUUCGGGGUGUGCUUGCCAGCCUUCAAAUCGAUCUGGCGGAGACUCGGCGAUUACUCUGGAGAAUGUCGCAAGUCAGACGGGGAGAAUUGUCCAUCAGAUGCUGUCCUUGACGCCUUCCGAAGGCCCCUCCGUUGAUAAUGAAUCGCUCCAGCUGCCGGACAUCCAACCAUAUCUACCGGCCAACACGGACACAAAAGUGGCCGCCGCUCUUGCGGCACUAUAUAGGUCUCACUGCAUAUCUGUUAUCGACAGUUUCCGCUACUGCAAGGAGCGAAAUUUGUUGAAAUACUUUUCCGCUUUCCACGGAACAUUAACAGUCCCAGUUCAAAAACUUCUAACGCAUCCUAACCUUGCCCCUUGGAUCAAGGAAUGUGACUGGCUUAUGUAUCAGAAGAUGAUUGCGUUUGUGGCACCCCUCACAACUCAGGUGGUGCCCAAAUUGGUCAUGGACGCGUUCAGCUCCAUUUCUCAACGACUUACCGCGCAUAUUGCCGACACGUUCAAAUCACAACCUGUGCAUGUUUCCCUAGCACGGCUGAUUCCUGCCCAUAUCUUCUGCGGUCUUCUUAAACACAUGCUGGAUGUAAAUCAAGCUGCCAACGCAGCUGCAGCCUGGCUGUGCCAUCCAGAUAACCGAAAUCAAAUGUGGUUCGACUUCAAAACCAUCGUCGAUCCCAAGGAGAUGAUGAGCAAGGCGAACAUACCGGCCUGUGCAGAGCGGGCGACGGAACAAAUUCUUAAACACGACGUCUGGGCACUUCUUACGCCAGUUACAGAUGGCAACCCUUCACUUUGUCAGCCAUUCUUCAAACUCCCAGAUCGAGAAGAAGACAGGCAGGCACGUCGGUUUCCCGUCAAAGAGGCAGAAGGUGAAGAGUACAAUUUCCCGGACAAGUGGAUAUCGUUCAUCCUCAACCUGCCGCUUAUGUUCCCCAAUCACCGCACGCAGUGUAUCAUCGAGAAGAUUGAUGCUAUAUGGGACGCUGUUCUUCAUCGCCUGACGCUCGGCGGUGCCCCGAGUUUUAGUGCCUGGUGGAUGACCAAGGUGUUUUUCCAUGAGAUGAUGGUCUGGCAAGCCGAGAAGGGAGGCUUUAUGAAGAACACGCCCAGCACACUUAAAAACAUGAGCUUCGGCCAGGAACAGGCAGUGAUGGGCAGUUUUCUGUUGAAACAACCCAUCAACUCUAUGCCUCAGGACGGCUCGAGCAUAUCUACUGAUUCCCAGAUGGCCGACGCACGCCAGAGGACAAGCAUGAGUUCCACCACUGGAGCUAGCCUCGACCAAAAUCGAGAACCAGACACAACACACCUAGACAGGCAUACAGAUCAUCUCAUGUCCUCAAAUGAGAAGUCUGUGAAUGGCACAGACUGUGUUACGAGUCUCCAGGCCCCCAAUCAUGAUGAUAGUGCGAUUGAUCUUGACGACGAUUCCAUGCUGAUAGCUGUUGGAAAGUAUGGCGAUAUGAUGGCCUCAGAUCCUGCAGAUGCAGAAGGCGAUGUUGUCGUCAUCUAG